AUGGCCUCUGGUGUGGCUGUCUCUGACUGUGUCAUCAAGGUGUUCAAGGACAUGAAAGUGCGCAAGUCUUCAACGCCAGAAGAAGUGAAGAAACGCAAGAAGGCGGUGCUCUUCUGCCUGAGUGAGGACAAGAAAAACAUCAUCCUGGAGGAGAGCAAGGAGAUCCUGGUAGGAGAUGUGGGGCAGACUGUGGACGAUCCCUACACCACCUUUGUCAAGAUGCUGCCAGACAAGGACUGCCGCUACGCUCUCUACGGUGCCACCUACGAGACCAAGGAGAAAGAGAAGGAGGACCUGGUGUUCAUCUUCUGGGCCGCUGAGAGUGCACCCCUUAAGAGCAAAAUGAUCUACGCCAGCUCCAAGGAUGCCAUCAAGAAGAAGCUGACAGGAAUCAUGCAUGAGUUACAAGCAAACUGCUACGAGGAGGUCAAGGACCGCUGCACCCUGGCAGAGAAACUAGGUGGCAGUGCCAUCAUCUCCCUGGAGGGCAAGCCUUUGUGAGCCGCCUCCAGCCCCCUGCCUGGAGCACCUAGCAGCCUCAGACCUGCUCAUGGGUGUUGCAGGCUGCCCCUUUCCUGCCAGAUCUGAGGGGC